UCCUACGUAAAGGGUUAAAGUUCAGAACACUGGAGACAUGCUCGCAAUGUAAAUACACUAGUUAACUGACUGGUGAACGCAAGACCUAAAGAUAUGAGGCUGCUGUCCAAGGCAGCACUGCAGACCGUUCUCUCCUCACAGAAAACUCUGUCACUUGAGGGCAGCAGACCGUUCUGGGGAUGGCUCAAUGCUGUCUUCAACAAAGUAGACUAUGAGCGUAUCAAGGCAGUGGGCCCAGACCGUGCUGCCGCAGAGUGGCUGACGAGGUGCGGUGCCAAGGUGAGGUUCCAAGGGUUCGACCGCUGGCAACACGACUACAACGGCCUGCCCACUGGCCCUCUGGGACGAUACAAGAUCCAGGGCAUCGACGCCACAGACUCUUGCAUCAUGUACAAAGGCUUCGAUCACCUGGAUGGACUAGAGCAUGUAGAAGAGCUGAAACUCAACAAGAGUAUGUACAUAGAGGAUGCCUGCUUAGAGAGAAUAAGCACCAUAGAGAACCUACAGGCCAGCCUGUACAAGAUGGAGGUGGUCUCCUGUGGGAACGUGACUGACAAGGGUAUCAUCGCCCUGCAUAAACUCAGGAGUCUAGAACAUCUGUACCUCAGUGACCUGCCAGGAGUGGUGGAGAAGGAGAAGACCGUGGAGAGACUCCAGACAGCUCUACCUGGGCUGGACAUAGAGCUGGAUCUGGUCUGACAGACUGAGGAUGAACCCACAACCACAGGCUGUGACUUGACAGACACAGAGGAACAGUCCGGCACAGCGGGUCGCGUCGUGAUGACCAGAUGAUGCACGUUGUUUUGCAACAAAUUAGAAUUGCUGUUUUGGUCCCUUUUUACCUUCUCCCGUUUGGUUUCUAGUGAAUACGACCUUGGUCCCAGAUCUGUUAGUGCUGUCUUGCCAUGGGCCAGCUCUCUAUGGCCUACGGUCAUUAGCAUGACCAUAGGAGUUGGCAAGAUGGCACAAACACAUCUAGGACCAGGCUAGUGGGACACGGGACAAAUUAGAUUACUAUCGCAACAUGUUUUCAACUGUAUUGAUAUUGACUGAAACGCAAGUAUGACAGGAAUUGUUUUCCUUAAUGUUUAUUAAAUAUGACUCCAUUAAAAAGGUACAGACUGUAAACAAG